AUGUCUUCUGAGCACCGAGGCCCCCAGAGCACAGGCAGCACCAUCAUGACGUUUUGCCCAACCAUGAGCGAAUUUUCAGAUUUCCGCAAGUAUAUAGCCUACAUGGAAUCCCAGGGGGCACACCGAGCUGGACUGGCCAAGGUCAUCCCACCCAAGGAGUGGAGAGCCCGGCAGUCCUAUGAGGACGUCAGUGACAUGGUAAUAGGCACUCCCCUGCAGCAAGUGGUGUCUGGCCAGGCAGGUGUGUUCACUCAAUUCCAUAAGAAGAGGAAAGCCAUGACAGUGGGGCAGUACCGUGACCUGGCCAACAGCAAAAAAUACCGGACCCCGCCACAUGUGAAUUUUGAAGAUCUGGAGAGAAAAUACUGGAAGAAUCGGUACUUUGGGUCGCCAAUUUACGGUGCAGAUGUCAGCGGCUCCCUGUUUGACGAGAACACUCAACAUUGGAACGUGGGACACCUGGGAAGCCUUUUGGACCUCUUGAAGCAGGAAUGCGGCAUUGUGAUUGAGGGCGUCAACACGCCCUACCUGUACUUUGGCAUGUGGAAGACCACCUUCGCGUGGCAUACGGAGGACAUGGACCUGUACAGCAUCAACUACCUGCACUUUGGGCAGCCCAAGACGUGGUAUGCGGUGCCCCCCGAGCAUGGCCGGCGCCUGGAGCACCUGGCCAGACAGCUGUUCCCGGGCAGCUCCCAGGGCUGCCAGGCCUUCAUGAGGCACAAGGUGGCACUCAUCUCCCCCACUGUGCUCAAGGAGAAUGGCAUCCCGUUUGCACGCAUGACGCAGGAGGCUGGGGAGUUCAUGGUCACCUUUCCCUAUGGCUACCACGCUGGCUUCAAUCACGGCUUCAACUGCGCAGAGGCCAUCAAUUUCGCCACCCCGAGGUGGAUCGACUAUGGGAAGGUGGCGACUCAGUGCAGCUGUGGGGAGGCCAGGGUGAGCUUCCCAAUGGAUAUCUUUGUGUGCACCUUGCAGCCUGAGAGAUCUGAGCUGAUGAGAUCUGAGCGUCAGGAAACUGUGGACUCCCUGGAGGUCACCUCACGCCCCAGGCAGGAUCUGACCCUUGGGACCUGCACACAGGUUCAGGGGACAUCUACUUUGAUCUGGAGGCGUUCUCAUCUGGGACCGCUCAAGAGGCUGUGCCUCAAAUCCAUUGUGACGGUGAGAAGAUGGGCCAAGCAAGCUACUGCGGCCUCUGUGAUCCCCGUGGAUGCUGCUGAUGCGAAAGCCGCGGACCAUUCCCCGACAUUCAAAGGCCUGUGGGAUCUUGGCUCGGAGCCCCAAAUGUCCCCGCCACUCACGAAGAUGGAUUUGAAAUAA